AUGCGUCCCAUAAUUAUUGGCCUUUACGGUAUCUCCGGUUGCGGAAAGACAUUUCUGCUAAAUCAACUGAGGACCAAAUUUCGCGACGAUGAAACACCUAUUACGGUUUAUGACGGCUCACAGGUCAUCGAUACUGUUGUGCCUGGAGGCAUGAAGACAUUCCUUGCAGCAGAAGACCCAGAGCAGCAGCAGUGGCGCCGAUGUGCAAUUGAAUCCAUCAAAGAGAAAGCUCGACUAUCGGGAGGCAUGGCUGUCGUUGCAGGCCAUUUCUUACUCUGGGAUCCACGAACGCAGACCGGGAAUGCCGUCUACACGGAAAAUGACUUGGACAUCUAUACACACAUACUAUACUUGAAUGUGUCUACAGAUGUCAUUUAUCAGCGUCGACGUGAUGAUCGUGAAAAGGCUCGUCCUCCAUGGUCAAGAGAAGACCUUGAACGCUGGCAAGAAGCCGAAAAAGCCGAACUCCGCCGAGUAUGCCCCCGUCGCGAUAUCCUGUACAUGCAGCUGGGCGAUAAAGUCAUGGCCGAUCGAGUGCAUGAGAUCAUCAUGGACUUGGUAAGACAUAACGAGCACUACAGCGUAAGUCAGGCUGUGCUAAGAUUAGAUACGAUUAUGAAAGCCAAACACGAAGAGUGCGAGACAGUAAUAGUCCUAGAUGCGGACCGGACAUUGACUGCGCGAGAUACAGGAUUGAUGUUCUGGGAAGAAGCGAAUCGUUGUCGGACCGAUAAAAUGACAGGGGGCAGCCCAUUGAAAAAGCUAUUUGGAGGCCCUAUGGGCUACUCAUACUCCGCAUUUCUUCAAGCGGCUCUGAUGUACGAAGAGGCAGUUGAUGACAAUGUUUUCGAAAUUCUUUGUCAAGCUGUGGCUAAGAAAACAGUCCUGUAUCCGGAAAUGCGAUGUCUACUCCAUUUUAUUGCAUAUUAUUCCAAUGUCCAGUUAAUGAUUGUGACCUGUGGGGUGGGCCGGAUCUGGGACCACAUUCUUCAAAAAGAAGGGCUUUCCAAGCAUAUCACAGUUAUUGGGGGAGGUAGACUUCAUGGUGGCUUGAUAGUAACGCCUGGACUCAAAGAGGCCCUUGUUAGUCAUUUGCAAGUAUCUUAUGGCGUCUUCGUGUGGGCGUUCGGCGACAGUCCUUUAGAUCUGCCCAUGCUAAAGAAAGCCGAUCGAGCUGUGGUGAUUGUGGGUGAUGCAGAGACGAGAAGCCAAACCAUGGAGGACGCCUUGGCUGGUGCAAUCGAGAAUGAGGGUCUGCGUGCUCAUCAAGCAGUUCUUACACCUGGCGCAGCGCAACUUCUUAGCUUUGAGAAAUUGCCCGAGGCACGACUCACGCAGCGUGAGUUUGUUGCGCAAAUCCUAGCUCGGGGUAGUUAUUUGCCCCAAUUGACAGUAAUAGAUGCCACGAAAAAAGCUGCGACGAAAUUACUCAUGACCAACAUGCGUGACUCAAGGUAUACUGGAACAUUGCUUCGAAGCGUGCAUCGAAAUGUGGGAACAUAUCUCGCCACUGAAUAUCUGACCGACCUCAUUGGUCUUGAGAUAUAUGCCAUCCGACAUGUGCAAGGACACGAUACAGAUGGAUAUAAGCUGUCCCAUGAGCAUCGCACGUUGAUUGUAGCGCUCAUGCGUGCAGGCGAGCCAAUGGCCUCAGGAGUCAAUGACGUCUUCCCAGCAGCGUCGUUCCUCCACGCUUGGCAACCUGCAGAUAUUCGCCGACAGCAUCUCGAGGGAUUGGUAACAGUAAUUCUGGUCGACUCCGUCAUUAAUAGCGGUGAGACCGUGGCACGUUUCCUCCAACAUAUUCGAAAUCUACACGCAACGAUUCGCGUUGUAGUAGUCGCGGGUGUGUUGCAAGAAAAGGCUGUCUCCCCCGCAGCCUCUCUUGGUCAACUUUCACGAGAAAGCCCGAUUGAGGUGGUAGCCCUUCGUAUUUCCAAAAAUCAAUUCACAGGCCGGGGUUCGACAGAUACCGGUAACAGACUCUUUAACACAACCCAUCUACCAUGA